AUGAGGUCGAUUUUGAUCACCGGAUGUAACCGAGGAUUGGGUCUGGGGCUAGUAAAACACCUGGUGAAGUUACCACAACCGCCAGAAAAUGUCUUCGCGACUUGCCGAGACAGGAAUAAAGCAAAGGAAUUAACUGCUUUGUCUGAAACAUCGAAGAACAUUCAUAUUAUCGAAAUAGAUCUGGUCGACACAAAAAACUAUGACAAGAUAGUGCAAAUUGUAAAUGAAAAAGUGGGCCAGGCUGGAUUGAAUGUUUUAUUCAAUAAUGCUGGGAUCAGUUCAAAAUUCGCGCGACUUGGUCUGGUUAAAGAAGAACAACUUACAGAAACGUUUUUUGUAAACACAGUUGUACCAAUUUUAUUAACAAAGGCAUUUGUACCACUAUUGAAAACAGCAUCUCACAACUAUGAGAACAAAUCAGAGAUGAACAUUCACAGGUCAGCAGUUAUCAACAUGAGUUCCAUUCUUGGAAGUAUAGCUGACAAUGCUGUGGGUGGAUAUUACCCUUACAGAUGUAGUAAGGCAGCACUUAAUGCAGCAACAAAGUCAAUGAGCAUUGAUUUAAAGGAAGAUGGAAUCCUAGUCAGCUCUUUACAUCCUGGUUGGGUACGUACAGACAUGGGAGGAAAUAAUGCAUCCAUGGAUAUUGAUACCAGUGUUGCUAACAUUUUGAAUACACUGAAUUCGUUAACUGAGAAACACACAGGCUGUUUUGUUCAGUAUGAUGGAAAAAUCUUGCCUUGGUAAACAUAUUGAUUCUUUCUUUUUUCAGAGAAUCACAUUUCAUUAUUUUUUAUCUUUCUUUUAAUAGACAUUACUUAUACAUGUAGCUCAUAGUCCAUAGAUUGUAUAUAAGUACAAAAUUUAAAAAAAGGGCAGAGAUUAAUGAAAGUAUUUUAUAUUAUAUUUUUUAUUAAUAUUGUAUAUUGUAAUAUCUAUGGAGAUUCAAUAUUUAAGACUUCUUUAAAAGCAUAAAAUUUCUAAUAUAAACAUUUUGUUACGAUUAAUUACAAUAGAGUAGAGGUAUUAAAAAAGACAUUCAAUAUUGUUUCAUAUUCUUCUGUACAUGCUUUAUACAUACAGAAAUGAUUAAAAUAAUAAACAAGAAUACAUAUGUACAAAUAUCAUACAGAAAUUAUAAUCAUUAUUUAAUAAAAUAAUUUUUUUCAUAAAUGCAGACUUUUAGCAAUUAUAAAUACUACAUAUAACCGUCUUUUAUUAAAAGAAAAUAAUUAAACUAUAAAUUUAUUAUAAUUUUUGAGUGCCCUUUCAAAAACUUGUUAAUUAUUUCAAGCAUUUGUAACUGUAUUGUUUUAUUUAGAAGUGUCAAAGCUUAUUUUGUACAUAUCACGGUGCUAUAAUGUAACCUGGAGGAAUGCAAGUUCAUUUUAAAAUAUUUAAUUAUGAAAAAUGAUGAUUGCAAUAUAUACAAUGAUUUUUAAUUAUCACAAAACUAUUGAACAUAUGAUUAUGUUUUGAAACAAUUAGCUUAAAGAUAAUGUAACAUUACACAUAAAUAUUAUUAAAAUACUCAUUUACAGCAAAAACCAAUAUCUUGUUAUAAUGCUGUAAUUCUCCAAUCCAAACUAUAGAAUAUCACUUUGAAGUUAAUGAAAAUUUGGUGUGUAUCUGAGAACUUAAAUAAUACUGCAAUAAUAUAAAGAUAGUUAA